CUCCGUCUUUGAAAGCUUGACUCCCGAUACCGGGCCAUUCUGUAUUGCUACAGUCUCAUUAGUUCUUCUCUCCCAGAUAUCGGCUUGGGAAAUCUCCUGCUUAAGCUCUCAAGCUAUAGCCUGGAAGUACUUCUGGGCAAUCUACUCGCAAGUGUAUGUCCAAGGCCCACCCACCCAAUGCUUUCGAGAUAACCUUUGCAACGACACGAAGUACAUUACAUCGUGGACUUCGGCAGGAUGGAGCACGUCAACUCCAACCAAACACCACGACGAAUUCCCUCCCUGAACCUGCUCAAACUCGAUGUCUCAUGGACACGAACCCCAGCUUGGGUCGAGCUGACAUAUCCUAGCGUACACCACAAUCAUGCAUCCUUUUCGUCUCUCGCAUCACUCGGGUUUCUAGAAACUCGCUCGAAAAGCCUGGAAUUAUCAUUAACGAAUCGUCCUUCUCCUCAGCACUAGGUUUCCCUUCCUCCGGACGAUCACCUAUUAUCCUUCGAUUUCCUUUACUACAUAAGCGCCCAUCAUACAGGCCAACUCCUCCCGUGAGUGAAAGUUUUGGGCAUAGAGAUCUAACUUUAGUAUAUAUCGAUCCACAUACGGUACGGUGACUUCAGCCAGCAAUGCGAGGAGUUCCCAGUGGAUCAGUGCUUUGCCCCGUUGUCUGUCAUUGCACGCAGGGUGUCUAAGGUGCAAGAAGAGCUUCGCACACGAAAAGGGAUUGAGGCUACCAUGACGAGCGACGAAAGGGACCAGGAGUGAUGGUCAGAUGUUA